AUGAUCAACCCCAACUACUACCCCUGGGGCUACGACAGCGACAACGGACCAGAUCAGUGGCACAAAAAUUACCCUUUUGCAAAUGGACGCCAUCAAUCACCGAUUGAAAUUAAUAAUAAAGAGGUGCAUUAUGAUAGUUCUCUACUGCCAUGGUUUGCUAGUUAUGAUCCUGGUGCAGCUAAGACCAUCCUAAAUGAUGGCAAAACCUGCAGAGUUGUAUUUGAUGAUUCAUUUGAUAGAUCAGUGCUGAGAGGGGGGCCACUCCCAGGAGUCUUCAGGCUACGUCAGCUGCACUUCCACUGGGGCUCGUCUGACGACCAYGGCUCAGAGCAUGUUGUGAAUGGAGUGAGGUAUGCAGGAGAGCUCCAUGUGUUACACUGGAAUCCCAAAUACAGUAAUUACCUUGAUGCUAGGAGAAGAACUGAUGGCAUAGCUGUUUUGGCUGUGUUUUUGCAAGUAGGAGAAACUCCCAAACCAGAGAUGAAGAGAAUUCUUGAAGAAAUAAAUGCYAUCAAAACAAAGGGUAAAAAUGCUCCUUUUCCGAACUUCGAUCCUUCGAUUCUUUUCCCUAAAUCUCAUGACUACUGGACAUACCAUGGAUCUUUCACUACUCCACCUUGCGAAGAGUGUGUCACCUGGAUUAUUCUGAGAGAGCCUAUCAUAGUCAGUUCAGACCAGAUGGCSAAGCUCCGCAGCCUCUCCAAGAAUGCUGAGAAUGAACCUGAUCACCCCUUGGUUGACAACUGGCGCCCGACUCAGCCGCGGUAUUUCAGGAUGGUGAGCGCAUCAUUCCUCUAGGACUGGCUCCUGUUGGGUGGUUCUGAGUGAGGUGACCUCUAGAAAUGAGAGAUGCUUUUCUCUUUUCUCCUUCACUGCAUUUACACUGAACUGCAGCUGUAGGUCUGGAGGCUGAAACUUGAGUUKUGAAGUGAGAAUUUCACUUUCAGAGGAUAAUACUUGCUUAGGCAAAUCCUAUUUUUAAAAUGGGURUAGGGAAUCUGUUUGGUUCUUCAUUACUGCUUUAACAUUAGCUUGUGUUAAUAGUACAAAGGAAGAAAGAAWAUGCAACUAACAAUUACAAGGCAAUUUUCUGUUGUGCACAUCUCUUGAUGCUGGCUGAUUGCAUGCUAAAGAAGUUUCAGUUAAGAGAAGUWAUUGUUUUCACCAUUAAAGACAUUUUUCAGUAGUUGUUUUCAGCAUUAUCUGUAUCCAGCUCUGACCUGCACCAGUUAAUCCAUAAGGCAUUCUUGGAAAUUAUAAACUCUUUUGGUCUUUGAUACAUAAAAUAUGAAAGGAUAGGAAAUUGUUGAUAAUUUUUGAUAAAAGCUAAACUUUUACUUUCUUAAAACAAUGGACAGGUGAAACAGAGGUCUGUUGUGAAAAUGGUAUUCACCAAAUUAUAUGUAGUUAAAACGAUGGGAAGGGGGAAGAGCUAUUUCUGUUUGUGUCACAACUGGUUGCCUUUAUUAAAAGACUAAUUYCCAUUUUAAUGUU